AUGGCCACGAGGGGAGUCGUCCCGAUACGACGGGGUAACAAUGUUGGCAGUUUCGGCAUCGUUCGCACAGCUGUGCUUGGCCUGGCAAAGGCAUUGACACUGGGCAUAUCUUCCGUCGCCGCCGCGCCUCUUCAUGCGAGAAGCCACCCCGACAAGGAGCCCGAAGUAGAUGGCGACGAUAUUUGGGUCCUCUAUGUCGCCUCCAUCGUGCUUGUCCUCGCUGGAGGUGCCUUCGCUGGUUUGACCAUCGCCCUGAUGGGACAGGAUAGCAUCUACCUCCAGGUUCUCGCCGGCGACCCGGACGAACCUCAGUCCAAGAACGCUAAGCGCGUCUACAAACUGCUCAAACAGGGAAAACACUGGGUUUUGGUCACUUUGCUCUUAUCCAACGUCAUAGUCAACGAGUCGCUACCCGUUGUUUUGGACCGCUGUCUUGGCGGAGGUAUAGCUGCCAUUGUGGGCAGUACUGUCCUUAUUGUCAUCUUCGGCGAAGUCGUGCCCCAAUCCGUCUGCGUUCGAUACGGCCUUCAGAUCGGUGGCUUCAUGUCCAAGCCCGUGCUUCUGCUCAUGUGGUUGAUGGCCCCCGUUGCUUGGCCUACUGCCAAGCUUCUCGACUGGGCCCUCGGCGAGGACCAUGGCACCGUAUACAAGAAGAGCGGCCUGAAGACACUGGUUACGCUGCACAAGUCCCUCGGUGAGGUUGGCGAACGUCUGAACCAGGAUGAGGUCACCAUUAUCAGCGCUGUUUUGGAUCUCAAGGAAAAGCCCGUGGCGAACGUCAUGACCCCUAUGGACGAUGUCUUCGUCAUGGCUGAGGAUACCGUUCUCGAUGAGAAAACCAUGGACAGAAUCCUCUCUGAAGGCUACUCUCGUAUUCCUAUCCACGCUACUGGCAAGCCAACCGAUUUUGUCGGCAUGCUUCUUGUCAAGAUUCUCAUCACUUAUGACCCUGAGGACAGCCUACAGGUCAAGGACUUCCCUCUCGCCACCCUUCCCGAGACUCGACCUGAGACGAGCUGCUUGGACAUUGUCAACUUCUUCCAGGAGGGCAAGUCACACAUGGUUCUUGUCUCGGAAUAUCCUGGUGCUGACUACGGCGCUCUUGGUGUCGUUACCCUUGAGGAUGUUAUUGAGGAGCUGAUUGGAGAGGAAAUUAUUGACGAGUCCGAUGUCUACAUUGACGUGCACAAGGCUAUCCGUCGGCUGACUCCCGCGCCCAAGGCCCGCCCCCUCAAGCGAUCCACUGAGCCAUCCCCUCACCCUAUUCCUGAGAACGGGGAUCUCAUUGAGUUUGACCGCGAGGCUCCUUAUGAACGCAACGGCUCCAUCAGUGCGUUGAGUGACGCCCCUCAUAACCUGUCAAGCAGUCCUGGAAAGACGACUACUUUCUUGAUGAGGAGAAGCUCGGCCGGACCAGACGGCCGCAUGACAUCGACAGCUGUACCCGUAAAGGCCACCUUCGACGAGGCCAAGCAGCAUUUGAAGCACCUAGGACCCUCCAACCGCGCAUCGAACCCCAAGAACACGAAGUCUACCACUGUAAAGAUCAAGCCAGUUGCAACGGGCAUGCCCUUGACACAAGUACACAGCCCAUCGCAGCCGUCUGCAGGACUCCGUCCUGCCUCGGUAGCCGGAGACGUGAACGAAGAGAGACACGAAGACGACUCAAAUGAGCAGACCCCACUGAUUAGACCCAAGAUUACCGGAAAGGGUGGUGUCCACGCCGUUCGUAGGAGCUAUGGCGGAGCGGGCAUGAGCGAGGCUCAGGCCAGACUUGCAAGCGGCUCUCCUCAUCACGAAGCUGAGGAUCUGAAGGGACCCAACGAGGUAGAUUUACCCGCGACUGUGCCUGAGCAUGGUAGCCCCGUAACCAUCAAAAGCUCCGACAUCGAGGCAAGCCGGAAGGAUUUGACUGUUGUUGUUUCGCCUGGUCGGGGGAGCAACUCACCUAGCAUCACAAGUGUUGUAGAAGAUGGGUCGGCCACUCCUAAGCGCCGACCUCUUGUUCGAAGCGGUAGCAUCAGUGAGAACGUGGUUGAAACUAGCAGUGGUGUGCAGAAGAUCAUUAUCCAGGCUGCUAGCUCGGACUCGGAUGAAGCUGGAUCUAAGGGUUCGUCUGGGCACCGCUCGCGUGCCACCAGCCAGUCCAACGUGGUGUCUAGCCAUGAUUCAGAUGAUGAGGAGCAUGAUGGAGCGUCAAGUACGGCGCCCAGCACCAACGCCGGCAACCAGCAGCCCGGCAAAAAGAAGAACAGACGGAAGAAGAAAAAGGGCAAGUCUUAG